GCAUAAGCGCCUCAGUUUAUUGCUGGUAUUCGGACUAGACGGCAUCUAGUGUAGUCAGUGGAUCUGACAACAUUAUUAAAAUGGCAACGCGUCCUGCUCCCGCACCCAGGGCUGGCCUCACAAAACAGAAGGCAGUAUGGUUCGAGAACAUGGCUAGCAGUCAGGUUUCUAGCUGGAACAUAAAACAGGAAACGCAGCAGCAGGCUGAAGUAGAGCAGGAUGGAACAGCUGAGCCUUCACGGCUUCAGGAUAAGAAGCCACCAUCAGUCCUACCCAAAACCUACAAGAUAAUCAAAGUAGUUGGGCAACCCCUACCUGGCAUGGUGCAUUCCUACUCUCUGCCAGAGUCUUUCGGACAGAAUGGAAAAGAAGCAGUCACUGUGCAGAGGAAUAAAGGCAUAGAGGAUGACAUCCAGUCCUUGACGGUGCAGUGUACAAAUCAAAAUUUGGUGGAAUCCAAUUUUGGUGCUCAGGAGAAACCACAUACUACAAGUCAAGUGCUGGUGACUCAGCAGUCUUUGCCUGGAAAUCUUCAACAGUUUAGGAGGUCUAAAGCAUUUAGUGAAAGAAGUUUUUCAACUCUGAAACAGAACUUCAGUCAGGAUCACCAGGACUCACAGGGCAAUGUAGACAUCAUGGAAUGGUGGCAAUCAGCCAAAACCUGGAAGGAUCUUGAAUCACCUGGCCCAAAGAAAUUUGAUGCAAAAGCAUUCACACAAAAAGCUGAAAAUCUAAAAAGAGCUCUUUGGGUGUUUGAUUACCUCCUGGCUGAACGAGGAGCAAAUCUGCAGGGUCACGUUAUAGAACUACAAGAGGUGGCCGAUGGCAUUGACAAGGUCCAUAAGGGGGUGAAGAUAGCAGGCAUUACUGGGGGAGCUGCAGGGGCAUUAGGAGUUGCAGCUGCUGUUGGAGGUGUCAUUCUUGCCCCAGUGACCAUGGGUGCUUCAUUAGCAGUGACUGCAGUCGGAGUUGGAGUUGCAGCAGCCGGAGGGGUCACUGGAGCCUCAGCUGCCAUCACCAACAAAGUUCACACCAAUAUGGACAGGAAGAAGGUGGAGACAAUCCUGAAAGAACACUCUAUACAGAUAGAAGAAAUUGAGAGAUGUGUCAAAUUUAUCGGCACACAUAUAGUGAGUCUGAAGAAAUACGACCUUUCCACACUGAAGGGGGUGGAUUGGAAUUCACUGAAGAUGGCUAGAAUGGCACAUAAUUUUGGAGACAGUGUUGGAGCCAUUGGAGAAGUCAGCAAGUCCUCAGGUAUGAUCGAAGGCCUUACGCUGGGCUUGGACAUGUACUUCAGCAAAGAAGACUCCAAGCAACUGAAGAAGGGCUCAGAAACCAAAUUUGCCAAGCAAAUCCGUAAGGUGGCAAAGCAGAUGCAGGCAAGCCUUGAUGAGCUGAUGAAGUUCAAAAACAUGGUUGAAUCUGAAGACAUGUAGAAUGAAUGUAUAUAAUGGAGAUUUGGGUUAUUUGUGGAUUUAUUAUUCUUAAAGUGUUUAUUCUUCUAUUGAAAGUUGGAGAGCAAUGUAACUUGAAUCUAGUUUGUAGCAUCAUGGUUUACAUGGGGUUUUGUGAGUUAUUUUUGUUAUGCUGGUGGAAAUAUGUUGGCACCAUUAUCAAAGCUAUUAUGCCUGUAAAUAUGGUCAAGUGGAAUAUAAUGACAAUUUUUAUAACAAUUGAUUCUAUGGGUUGAGAAAUUGAAAUAAAAACUCUCUGGGACA